UUUAUUAUGGUGGAAUAUGUGGCGGGUUUCCCGGGAGAUCUUGUCCGGACCACAACACCCUCCCUCCCUGCUGCUCCUGCUCUCAUCUCUGCAUUUCAAGCCUUGUCGGCCACAUUUAUCAGUUUCCUUGUGUACUUGAGAGUCCCCGGAGCUUCCUGCAGCUUGCCAUCAUUAUGGAAGAGCACGAGGUCAACUGCAGUGUGUGCCUGGAACCGUUUCACGAGGAGCUGCACAGUCCUCGCACACUGAGAUGCGGCCAUACAUUUUGCACUCCUUGUAUAGAGGCGCUCUUGCAACGAUCUCAUCAAGACAGAAUCUGUCCCGAGUGCCGUAAGCCUUUGAAGAUCUCUGCCGUGGCUCACAUUCCUGUCAGCUACACGAUACUUAGGCUGUCACGUGCUCUUAGUAGUGCAAAUUCGGAUCCGCACAUUAGGGUUCAAAUUGAAGAUGGAGAAGCGUGCUUGGUUCACGGUGCGCCAAUAAUAUCAUGGUGUCAACCCUGCAAUAAUUGGCUGUGCCGAGAGUGUAUGUGUAAAAAGGAAUGCACGACCUCCAUGAACCUUUCUGAGGCUCUGCUCUACUUAAAGCAAACAUAUGUAGAUGGAGCUGAAAAGAGCCUUUCCAUUCUUACAGACAAGAAGGCCCUUUUUGUAAAAGGGAAACAAAAAAUUGAUCAAGAAAUGUUAGAACUUCGACAAAAAUCUGCCAAGUUGGACGAGGCCCUGAAAAAACUUGACGAAGGCAUCAUCGCGCUGGAAGAGUACGAAGCGAAAGCUGUAGAGGCUAGUUCGUCCAGAAGAUUAGUCCGCGUAUUGAAUAAAACGAACACUUACGUUGCCGACAUAAACACUUGGCUUAAGGAUCUGGUUCAGGAGUCGGCACUUGAAGCCCCAUCUAAAACAGUGUUGCCCACCACCGUGCCGGCGGUACCAACACCUGAAGUUCCACUCUCUGGACCAAUUGACUUUGUGUCACUGAAGAAGAAGCUGCAGCUCUCGCAAUCUAUGUUUGCCGUGCAAGAGAAAGAUGGAAAGACACGAUGGUCAAAACUCAGCAUUCAUGGGAAGAAUUUGCUCCUCCACGCCCUAGACGACACUCCUCCGCCUGCUGGAGCUGCCAUUGUUUCGUUUGAUAGAGUGAUUGCUGAAAUGGCUAAUGGAAGAGCAUUCCUCGAUGUUAAAACUGACAACCGACCUCAGGGGCGCAUAUUCUUGUGGCUUUAUCUUCACGAACUGCAAGCUCUUACAUUUAUGGAUUUUUGUACUGGUGCAUAUGGAACCAGUUACAGAGGUUUGGAACUGCGUCAUUUUUACGAUCUCAGUGACGAAAAUGAUGACAUCAUCCAGCUCCGAGCAGGAGAAGAGAUCGGAGAGUACGAUGGGGAUGCGAGUGCCUCCACCACCAGCAGCAGUGUUAAGAAUGCUAUUUAUAGCCACCGUAUUAAUUACCCCAAAAAGAUCCAUCCAGGACUCCUCUCGGCUAUCCCACUCGGAGAAAACACGUACAAAUUAGCAGGUUUCAAAAUAUUCCUCUAUUACGCCGGCGACACCGUAGAUAGUGACGGUUUUGGAGCUGUCACAAAUGGGGUUGGUGUUCUCAGGCAGGUAUACAAGAUGCCUGACAAAAUCGUCAGAAAAGUUAUAACGGAUUGCGGUAUACUGAUGCCCCUCUGUCCCGAGCGGUAAAGACCAUCUUAUACAAUAAAAUAAUAACUAUUACGUCGUAUCUUGGUGUGGGAAGGUUUGUGUUUGUGGAUGUUGGAAUAUUUGAUAAUAUUUCUUAACAUUUAAUCUUCCUGCGUCUGUGAGUGUAUGAGUGUGCACUUUUAUUUGAGAUCUGUUGAAUGGAUAAUUGAUACAGUAAUUUGUUUUUGUGGAUAUUCUCGAAGGUUAUGUUUCACUUAGUCUGAGGCACAGCUGCAAAUGUGUUUGCAGUUUGUGUGUACACAAAACAAUGUUUUGUGUACAUUUAGGCCUCUGUAAUCAUUUCCAACACUGCCCACACUGCCCAUUACUUCAGCAUGAAUGAAGCACUGAAGUCUCGAUGGUGGCAUCAAAUCUUUGUCGCUCGUGAAAUAAUCUUCAGGUGGGAUCACUCCCAGGGGGGAGGGUUGCCAUGUGCAUUUAAUAAGCUGGUGUAUUAGUUGUAUAAUCAUAUUUUAAAUGUUUUAUUGGUGGAUUUUUUUCAGCGCAAUUAUCUAUUGGACUGUCGAUAGAAACAUUUAUAUCACAGAAUCAGUAUGCACAAAUAUAUUUGUCACCAAUAUGAGAACAAUAUUAUAUUCUUAGCAUAAAAUAUACUAUUUUUGGUGCUAUAACAUUGUAUACACCGUAUACAUAACAUGUUUACAUAUAUAACGUGUAGUUGUAGAUACACAUUCAACUACUGUGUGUGUUUUAUGUACCAUUACGAACCAAAAAGCAGUUCUGGCAGGUGUGAUACUCUCGUAACCAGUGAUUCAAGCACAGCCAUGUUGUGUUACCAAGUGGAACAGUUCGUCUCUUCCUCUAAAUGUUGAACUGUAUGUUCAUCUAAAUUAUGACCUAUGUGUUCAUCUAAAUGUUGAACUAUGUGUUCAUCUAAAUGUUGAACUAUGUGUUCAUCUAAAUGUUGAACUAUGUGUUCAUCUGUCCAAUAGUUUGGUGCAUUGUUUACUGCAAUGUGCAAUACUUAGACAUAUGGCUUAACUCCACAGCCAUCCACACAAACGUGACUCCGUAGUCUUUGUAGCAGGACUCUCGCACGAGUCAACAUCCGUGUUUGCUAUUUAGACAAUUUCAAGCUGGAAUUGGCGUCUCUCUCUUAUUAGAAAAAAUGUUUUGUUGUUGUUUUUACCUGUUGCUCAAAAUGGUUGGAAAUUUCAGAUUUUAAGUAGAGCACUGUUCAAGGAGUGGUGGUAAGUUUUGGAGCAUUAUUCCCCAAAUAGUCACAGUAUGUUACUCCUUGUAUUGUGGUGGGUGUAUACACUGUACCAGUAUCCGAGUUCACACACACAUAGGUAUAUAUAAAAAGGGGGGGGGAGGUACCACCUCUGGUUGCAUUGCAUUUAACUAUACGUGUAUAGUGUUUAAAUUGUAUUAAAUCCUAUUUUAUUCUAUAUAUAUAUAUAUAUAUAUAUAUAUAUAUAUCCCUGUUUACCAUGCUGGUAAAAUGCAUUAAUAUUGUAUUGGGGAAAUACAAGUUUAUACACAUGGCAUUAUGUGUAUUGCUAAAAGUAGUAGUAUUAUAGUACUACAAUAGGAAGACAAAAUACAGUAGCAAAACUACAGUAAUACAUUUAGAGAGCGAGCAGUCGCAUAUGAUAAAGAUUACAGUUAUCAUGCAGCUCGUUGCACAUGCAAUAUAUCAUCCAAUAUGUUUACCAUGAUUGUGUGUAAUCAUGUUUGUUAUUACUUGCUACCCCUCUAUUGUUAUUGCAUUUUAAUAACUUUACCAAGUAAAUGUUUCUUGGUCCGGAAUGUGAAAUACUGUAUGUACGAGUGUGUGUUUUGUAAUUAAUUUUCACCCUGAUAUGUGUUGCUUAAUUAUGAAAAUAUUUGUUUUGAAAAAUUGAAGCAAUUGUUCUUCAAAACUGGAGUUUUUGGCAUUUUUACAUUUUGUAAUUACAAUAUGAACUUGUACACAAUUUUUUUUUUUUUGUACUGUAAUGUAGAGAGUAUUUGUACCAUUAAUGCAAGUACAGUACACUGUAGUUUGUACUGUGUAUUGUAGUGCAUUAUCCAAGGAGAAAUGUAAUUGUGUAAAAUACCCGCGACAUGUAAAAUCCGUAAAAUACCCGUAAAAUACCAGGCGCUAUGGUGUCGGUCAAGCUCCUUUACCCUCCCGCACGUUUAAAAAGACAAAAUACUGUAUCGAGUCCAGAGAGUGAAUGGAAACACAAUUGUUGGAUGUUGACUCGCCUUAGUGAACGCGGUGAAUUAAGAUGAAGCGCUUGAAUGGCGUGGAAGAAAGCUAUUCACCUCGCUUCACGUGACUGGUUGAGGGCACAUUCGUCUUUAGACAAAAAUCUGCAGCAAACUCCCCGUUCCCCAGAUUAGUUUGGACCCAAUUCAUACCUAAAUGCUGUAUUAUACAAUAUUAGCCAAAUAUACACUAAAAACUAUUGUACACUGUAAAGGCUGUUAUGGGCACUUUACAGUGUAGUACACAAUGAACCAAAUGGAGAAGUCAUAUAGUAAUUGGAGUUUACUAUACACUGCUACAUUUGGUCCACCACAUGACACAUUUGUGUAUAUCGAAAAAAACAUUUAAAUAGGCCCCAGGACACAUUUGAGUAACCAAAUGAGUUGUGAAUUAAUCACUUCCUUGUACUCACAUACAAGUAUGAAAGACUAGGAAGGCAUCACUUUGAAUAGUUGGGAUUUUGGCAUAUCGAUGGUGUUUGAUCCCAUGCGAUGGCAGGCUUCGGGUAACAUUUUGUGGGGGCCCCAUGUGAAAAGCAGGUUUGGGGGGGGGCAGCCUUGUAUUGCCCCAUAUGAUAGGCAGGCUAAAUAAAGUAGUGUUUGGCUUUGUACGAAAAGCAGGUCUCGAGUGGCAUUAAAGUGACUAUAUACAAAAGGAAGGCUGGAGGUUGUAUAUAUUUUGCCAUACGAGACAUGCCAGUUUGAAGUUUAGGUUACGUAGCCCACAGAAGCCAGGCUCAGAGUGCCGUCUGUGUGAACACACAAAAAGUUACUUAAGUAAGGGUGACAAGCACACUAAAAGAUAACUAUACUGUAUAUACAAGACACAAGACCUUUCAACAUUCUUCCCAUGAUAUGUAAAAAAGAAUUACUAACAAACACCUAAUCGUGGGAAGGGGAAACGAACUCUGAAUACCAACAAUGUAUUUGCUCAGACUGUACUGACUACAUAGAUUUUUGAGCAGUGAGAACAAACAGUCUGGUUGGUCAGGCUGUCAACUCGGCCAUAGGUAAGUGGCCCCUGGACCCACCAAAAGGUCUCUAGAGUACAUAUUUAACUGCCCUAGGACAUUUUGACCUAUCCCAGGACGUAUUUGACUAACCCUGAGACGUUUGACCCACUCCAGGACAUGUUUGAUCCAUCCUAGGAUAUUUGACCUCACCCCCAGGACAUAUUUGACCUCACCCCCAGGACAUAUUUGACCUCACCCCCAGGACAUAUUUGACCUCACCCCCAGGACAUUUGGUCCACCCUAGGACAUAUUUAACUAAUCCAGACAUAUUUGACCCACCCUCAGUUCUAAGGAUACUUCAAAUUAUUGAAACUGUCUGGUUAGUAAAUCAUGUCAACAAAUAUGUAUCUCGUCUAUUUUGCAUGGAAAUUAUAGCAUUCAUACCCUAGUAAAUAGUCUUGAAUCUUUAACAUUAUAUUCAUUUGCCGACUUAUCUGUAACAGUUAGUGGGAUUAGUCCAGCAGGCAUACGCUGCUAGAUAAUUAUUAGUAUUGUCUACGCUCAGUAAUCCGAAGUGUACGGUGACCUGCCCCAAUUUCAGUUUGUCGAAUUUCUUGCCAGGAAUGCCUAAAAAAUUAACAAACUUGAAACUAUUUUUUAUUGUACCAUAAUCUGGUGGUUCUCAUCAUUUACUCAGAAACAAUGAGUGUGAUUUCAUUCGGAUUACUGAACUUUUGCAGUAUGUAAUUUUUGUAGUGUAUGUGUAAGUGUGCAUUUUCUAAUGUUCGUGUGUGUGCGCGCACACAUACACACUGUUUUAUCAUGCUCUGAUGUGUUAUAUGUACUAUCAUGUGGUAUGCACAUUUUGCACCAUAUAUAUACCCUUGUUUUGUGUAUCUCUAGAUGGCCUCUUAGUGCUAUACAUUCUUAUAACCUUGUGUAUCUCUAGAUAGCCUCUUAGCACUAUACUGUACAUUCUUAUAACCUUGUUUUGGGAGUUGUAUGUGUGAAUGGACACAAACGUAGGGUUCUUGGGAGUCACUGGACUGACCGCUGGAGAGGUCGCCCUAAGUGGAUGGCUGGGUGUCCAGGCUGGGGCGAAAGGGAAA